AGGCUGGGCCACAGGAGGCAGAGGGGAUGGAGGGAAGGACGGUUCAGCAGCCCCCACCCUGCUCAUCAAGCUCGCCGAGCCCCGCAGGGGCCAUAAGCACCAGGCAGGAGGCCAGGAGAGAGGAGGGAGACUCCAGGAGGAGAGGACAGGAGGCAGCGCUGGGGGACCGAGCCCCCCUGAGCCAGCAGCGCCGGCUCAGACAGGCCACCCAGUUCCUGCACAAGGACUCUGCCGACCUGCUCCCCCUGGACAGCCUCAAGAGGCUUGGCACUUCCAAGGACUUGCAGCCGCAUAGCGUGAUCCAGAGACGCCUGGUGGAAGGAAAUCAGAGUCGGCUUCAGGGGGAGUCUCCCCUGGUGCAGGCCCAGAUUCACGGCCAGGAGAGCAGGAGGAAGACCAGCAAGACAGAGACUCCGGCUCUUCUGGUCAACUGCAAGUGCCGAGACCAGGAGCUUCGGGUGGCCGUGGACACAGGCACCCACCACAACCAGAUCUCUGCUGGAUGCCUCAGCCGCCUGGGGUUAGGGAAGAAGGUCCUCAAAGCCCCGGGUGGGGGCCUGGCACCUGGGCCCCCCACCCAGGUGGAGCAGCUAGAGCUACAGCUGGGCCAGGAGACAGUGGCCUGCUCGGCCCAGGUGGUGGACGUGGAGAGUCCCGAGUUCUGUCUUGGACUACAGACUCUACUUUCUCUCAAGUGCUGCAUAGACCUGGAUCGUGGAGUACUACGUCUGAGAGCCCCCUUCCCAGAGCUGCCCUUCCUGCCUCUGUACCAAGAGCCUGGCCAGUGACUGCUGAACCAGUCUGUCCCCAAGGGGAAGGACCUUGCCUUGGGGAAUUGCUGGACGGAGGAAUGGGGCAUCACUACAGCCAAGUAGCUGGGGACAACUGAGUCUGUCCCUCCUGUCGCCACUCUGCCCCCUGCUGCGCCAACCACAUUCCUCUCUGCUUCUCAGCCUCUGCCCAAUCCUCCAGGAGUCUUCCAGAGAGAGGGCCUGUGAGCUCAGGGGCCUGGCUUCUCUCUCCCUGUUCUCCUCCAAGUCAGGACUACAGAAAAGGACGUUAAGCGUGGCGUGGUGGGAACUGGCCCGAGUCAAAGGCCGCGGCCUGCACCACCCUUCCCCUGUCCCUCGCCGUCCACGCUUCCCACCCCUCAGUGGCCUUCACUCCUGCAUCCUGCCCACCUCGGCUUCAGGGGCUCGUUAACUCUCCCAGCUAGAUUGCCGCACCUCACCCGGGGCCCUGUCCCUGCUGACGCCCACCUUUCAGAUUCCGCACAUGACUGCUCACAGUGAGUACUCCGGUACACAGGUGAGGACGGCCAGGCUGCGGGCUUCCUUAGUUACCUUUUCUGGGGUUGCCAACGUCUGAAGUCAGUAAUCGCCCCGUGCCAGACCUCAGAUGGACCUCCACUACUUCCCCCGGCAGCUCUCCUCCUCCCCUCGCUUUUUUACACCUCGGGACCCUGAACUCUGGGGGGUGGGGCGGAGGGGCCCUGUCAGGAACUGCCCCACAAGGUGGAAAGGAGGGCAGGUGCUCAGUCCUCAGCCUCCACCUAACCAGGAUUCCUUCUUGUUUCUGGAACUGUUCACCUCAUUAGACCUCCCUUCCCCUCAUCUCUGCCUCCUGGGCUUGAGCUUGUCCGAUUUUGGAACCAGUGGCUUUCUAUCCACCACCAGGCUGUGACCCAAAGGGAAAAGACAAGGAGGCUUUUGGUUUUCAGUGUGAAGAGAGGAACUCAGACCUUAAGAAGCCAGACCCCUGAGUGCCUUUCGGGCUCGUUUCCGUCUCUCGGGUCAUGGAUUCAGGGUAGAGGAAGAGAGUGGUCUAACUAACCUCAGCUGGGAAACCAGGGUCCUUGGAGUGGAAACGCAAUCUGGAGCCCGGGGUAGAUCAGAGAAGCAGGCUACCACCCAGCUGCCUUCUGACCUCCGGUCUUGCCUCUCCCAGCUACGUCCCCUGCCCUCAGAAGCAGCAGAGGGGGCACAUGUGUGAUAAGGAUCCCCUCGUGCCUCCUGCCUCGCCCCAUCACCUCUGCUUUCCUGGCGCUGCUUUUUCCCUUCUGCCUCUUGCUGCUUCUAUAAUUGCAGACCCCGGACCCAGGGGCUGGCCUUCAGCUCAGCUGCUUGUCCAUUUGA